CUUUGUUCAUUUUUCUCCACUUUCGUUUUUUCAGGUGUUGGUUUCUGUCCAUAAAAUUCAAACGAAUAUGUCCAGAUACCUCAUGUCUUAGCAAAGUAAUGUGAUGUAACCUCGGGUGUUUGUACUAGCGAGCUGCCCAAGGUAACUUCUCUGUCCGGAGCUGAAAAAGCAAGACGCCGCAGCAGUGAACACUCGAGCUCACGAAGGAGCAAGGGGUUAAGAGUAAGUGAAAACCCGAGUGUGAAUCAUUUUUCGUCCAAGGUUGCAGGAAGAUGGAGUGGAUUUGUGCAGAGAACAGGAAGUCAAUGUAAAGAGAAAGAAGGCAUAGACAAAACCCCCCUUCCUGUUAUUGCUCUCUCAAAAAAAAAUUGCACAGAAAGUCUCAGCAAUGCAGCCUAAUGCUGUACAGCCACAUAUCCUCAUGCUCCUCUGUAACUUCUGAAAAAGCACUGGCUGAGUAACUCUACAUGAGAAAGUAGAGCAAAACAACCAACAAAAGGCAGCCAUUAGCACCAUGUAUCAGGUGGUACCGGGCGGUGCUGACGGCACCACUCUGUACAGUGCGGCGCCGAUGAAGAAGAAGAUGGACAGGGAAGGGCGGCAGCUGAUGAUGGCAAGCAUCCUGGGCGUGGUACUAGUGAUAGCGGCAGUGGUCGCCUGGUGCUACUACACCAGCUCCCUGCGCAAGGCCGACAUACUGAAGACAGGGCUGCUCGACCUCAACAAGGACGGCUUCGUCAUCCACAACCAGGCUGGGGACAUCGUCUUCCAAAUGGCCUUCAGGUCAGGGACUCUGGACCUGGAUUCCUGCUCGAAGGAGGCGGAGAUUGUGAGCUGCGACCGCUCCGAGGCGGGGAAGCUGAACUUCUUCAUCCAGACAGUCAGGCCCAAAGACACGGUCAUGUGCUACCGCGUGCGCUGGGAGGAGGUGGAGAGCGAUCGGCCCGUGGAGCACGCCAUGGCGUACAACAGCUCGCACUGGUACGGCGGGGCGGAGACCAGCACCCAGCACUGGCCCAUCUCCAUAAGCAGCAGGCAGACACCGAAGCCCUUCAUCACCAGCGACAUCUACGCCAACCGUGACGACUUUGGCGGCAUCCUGGAGCGCUACUGGCUCUCGUCGAAUGCCACCGCCAUCAAGAUCAACGAUUCGGUCCCCUUCCACUUGGGCUGGGACGACAGCGAGAAGACCAUGCGCUUUCAGGCCAGGUACCAGGACAGCCCAUACAAGCCUGAUCCCGGGCAGCCACCCUAUGCCGAGCUUAGCUACCGGGUGUGCGUUGGCCACGACGUCACCUCCAUUCACAAGUACAUGGUGCGGCGCUACUUCAACAAGCCCAACAAGGUGCCCUCUGAGGUCGUCUUCCGCCACCCCAUCUGGUCCACCUGGGCCAUGUACAAGACUGAGAUUGACGAGGAGAAGCUGCUGACGUACGCAGCCAACAUCCGCAAGUACGGCUUCAACUGCAGCCACCUGGAGCUGGACGACCGCUACACCACUGGCUAUGGCGAGUUUGACUUCGACCCGGUCAAGUUCCCCAACGCCUCGUCCGUCUUCCAGAAGCUGAAGGCGGACGGCUUCCUGGUCUCCCUCUGGACGCACCCUUUCGUCAACUACGACUCGGCGAACUUCGGCGUAGGCAUGGAGAAGGGGCUGUUUGUGCGGGAGCCCGCAGGUCAGCUGCCGGCACUGGUGAGCUGGUGGAACGGCGUCGGCGCCAUCCUGGACUUCACCAACCCGGACACUCGCGACUGGUACUCCUCCCACCUCCGCGCCCUCAUGUCCAAGUACAGCGGCGUGGUCUCGUUCAAGUUCGAUGCCGGCGAGACAAGCUACCUCCCGCAGCAGUUCAGCACCCUGCUCCCGCUGCGCGACCCCAGCACCUUCACCCGCCGCUACACGGAGAUGGCCAUCCCCUUCUACGAGCGCGCUGAGCUGCGCGUGGGCUACCAGUCGCAGAACAUCUCCUGCUUCUUCCGCAUCAUCGACCGCGACUCCGUCUGGGGCUACGAGCUGGGCCUCAAGUCCAUCAUCCCCACCGUGCUCACCAUCAGCAUCCUGGGAUACCAGUUCAUCCUGCCGGACAUGAUCGGCGGCAACGUCUACCCCAACCGCACCGACGGCGGCCAGCGGCUGCCCGACCGCGAGCUCUACAUCCGCUGGCUGGAGCUGUCGGCCUUCAUGCCCGCCAUGCGCUUCUCCAUCCCGCCGUGGGAGUACGACACGCAGGUCAUCCACAUCGCCCAGAGCUUCGCCACGCUCCACGAGACCCUGGUGGCCCCGCGGGUCCUGGAGCUGGCCAGCGAGGUGCUCAACACGGGCGACCCCAUCAUCCGCCCGCUGUGGUGGAUCGCCACCGACGACGAGGCGGCGUACAAGAUAGACUCCCAGUUCCUCAUCGGGGACGACCUCAUGGUGGCACCCGUGCUGGAGCCCGGUAAGCAGGAGAGGGACAUCUACCUCCCUGCCGGACGAUGGCGCAGCUACAAGGGGGAGUACUUCGACAAAGGCCCCAUGCACCUCACUGACUACCACGUCAACCUGGAUGAGAUCGCGUAUUUCGUGUGGGUGCAAGAAUCAGGAAAAUAACACACUGCUGGAUAUAAUUGCAGGCUACACCACAUUUCCACAGUGUAUAUAUUAAUUAACACAUGCACACGGGUAAAUACAGUUGGGUACAAAUUAAUAAUUUAUUUCGCAAAUAUUGCAACAGGCCAGCUGGCAGAAAAAUUUGCUCACACGAAAUUGUAAUUUUAAAAUGUAUAUUUGCUUGACAGUACCUCAAGAACAGAAGCCUGCCCUGAUCUGUCUGUGGGCACCUAACUGCUCUUCCCGAUUCAUGCACGUGAUUACCGUGCCUUCGCCAUAGGUGUUGUACAGCACUGAGCUGUUCAAAUGGCCAUCUCGCAUCACGCCUUUGCUAAGUCAACAUCAGUGUCUUCACGCAGUCUGUAGAGUGGGCUUUCGAAUCCAUGC